UAGCGUAAGAAGCUGAUCUGCGCGAUCACGCUUUCCGUAGUCGUCGUCGUUGAAGUCGUUGUUCGUUCGAAGGAGGUUUCGCGUUGUUCCGCUGCGGGCACUACACACAUUUUUUUUUUCGCUGUGUCGUUAUUGUUGUUGCUGUUGGUCAUCUUGGGAGCAGCUUUCUGGAGCUAUUCGCGGUUGUGUUGGUGUUGAGAGUUGUUAUUCUUAUUACUGUUUUCUUGCGCAAGGCGCAGGCCAUCUCUCUUGCGCUAGUUGUUCGGAAAGGGAACAUGGGAGUGAAAUAGCCGCAAUUCGUUCAUUCAGAGUGGUAUGAAGCAGCAUAAAGUGAAAGAUUAAUAAGAAUCAUUUCAAGUACCAUACCAAAGUGUGUAAAAGAAAAAAAAACCUUGUCCGAGUGUUUGUGAGGACAUGUCAUUCCUCAGGCCAUUGUACUGAAAAUUUUUGUAUGAAUUUUAUGUUUUUGUUUUUUCUCCGCAUACUUUACGCAACCCCUUUCGCCACAUAACUACAGUUACUAAAAGCUGACUUUGAGUAACUUCCGCGAGUUGACUAAUUCAUGAUUCAGGCCGAAGAAAAGGAAAUUAAAGCUAUCCCAACAACUACACUUAAAGGUCCACUUAAAGCCAAGGAUGGUUACUAAAAUGGGAUGAAAUUUCACUUGUUCGACCACAGCAAAAAAAAAGUUGCAGCUGUUAAAUGGAUAUUUUUGUAAGGCAUACCACGGCGCAGCAAAAAGUGUCUCCAAAAGCGGUUUUCCAUUAAUUUAGCUAACGAGUGGGUUUGAACUGCGGAGUCGACAUCUGGCAGAAAGCGAAAAUGGGAAUGAAAUUGUUCCAAAGAUGUUGAGUGUGUACGAGCGGAGUAAUUGCAGUGAACUUUGUGAGGUUGGCUUGCGGUGUUUGUGCGAAUUGUGUAAUGUUGUAAUUGUCCAAUAAAUCAAAAGUCAAUUUAUUCAAAUGGAAAUGAGGUCUGGUGCGUAGAGGCGUAAUGGUCGCACAUACAACUACACACACAUAUAAAAGUAAGCUCCAGUAGUGUCCAUUGGUGAUCGAGGUUGAAGAUUUCAAAUAGUGAAUCCGUAACUGUGUGUGUUGGUAAGCAGCAGCUAUUGUAACCAUUCAGCUUGAGGGGUCCAGCGUUGAACCUCUUGGAGACUGUGGAGUCCAACAUCUUCUCGGCGUGUGUGUCUGUGUGCUUGCGCCACGCUGACGUUUCUGCGGUGGAGCGGCUGAAGAAUUUUUGCAUAUUACCACCGAGGCUGAACCGGACUGAAGUCUGUGUGGAGAACAGUUGGAAGAAAAAAAAACAUGGAUCAACCGACGGCGACCGAGUUGUUCGUAAGCGAUGUAUAACAAUAAGGUCAUAACAAGGCGGAGGCAGCAUGGAGCUCCCAAUCGUAGAAAAUAGAUAGCACAUAUCUACCCAAGAUGUCGCACCAACAGCGCCGUGGUGCACCGGUAGAGUGUCCGCUAGCGUCCCUUGGGCGGAACACUCCUUCGAUGGACGCCCUUCAGUAUCACCACCCACUGAGCUCCAGUCCGCUGGAUCCACAAGCGUACCAAAUGUCCCGCAAAUCACCGAUCCUCGGUAUCGAUUCGGACAUCUACACUGCCGAAACGAGCCUAGUAACGAAUCACCCUACUGCUAAUGGAUGCGCUAGUGAUAAAACCUUAGAAAAUGGCAAUAUGCUCUCCAGGAGCUCCUCUUCAUCAAUAGAUCAAAACGCACCAUUUCUGCAUCAACCUCCACCGCCCAAUGUCAGCAGACGAGGCGAGUACCGGCCGCUAAGGCCUCGGACAUACACUCCCAUAGAUGCACUACUAACCAACACCUAUCAGCACCAUCAAAGACUGUCCCCGGUUCUCAUGGACCUCCAACGGAACCACGGGAACUACUCGAGGGAAGGACAAUCGCUAACGUCCCUCUCGGAAGCGGAUCGUUAUUUUCUAGAGGAGAAGAUGGAUUCCCUCUACAUUCAAGGUGCCAUCCGACGGAACGCCAACACUCCGUCCAGUCUCACCCGGAACCAGUCCAGCAGCAGCAACAACACCGAGCGGUACUAUCUGGAGAACGAGAACAUCGACGCGAUCUACAACUUCUGUCACGCUGCGGCCGCGGUCACCACUCUCAACUCGCACAACUCCUCCUCGAAGGCGUCUUCGAGUCACAACGACUGUUUAGAUUCUAGUUCACCAAAUCUGCUGCGGCGAGCGUCCAGUCCGGAAACGAGCGGCUCCGAUCGGUAUCUGAUCAACCGGAUACGGGGCUCACCGGCGUACCACGGGAGGAGCUCACGCCUCGCUCAGCAGAUGAAAGUUAACUCGACAGAUUUCGUUGAUGGGAGGAUACACCUUUCCAAGUCACAGCACUUCGCAGAUGGCCUGACUCGAUAUGGACGCUUCUCGCCCAGUAUGGACCAAGGCUACCACACGCUGGUAUCGCCUUCGCCAUCCGGUCAGCAGCAAUCCUCAAUACCGGCCACGUGGAACACUGCAGCACCCAGUAGUAGUAGCACUUCAACGGUAAACGGUUCCAACGGUUGCAGCCAAAUCAGCAACAGUGUCAUUGGAAACGGAGACCUACUCAACGGAAGUCCAGGCCAAAUCUUUCGGGCGGGACCUCUUUUCGAUCGGCUGUCCGAUGAGUUGAUGGUGAAAAUUUUCGAGUGGCUCGACAGCUGCGAGCUGUGCAAUAUCGCACGAGUGUGCAAACGCUUCGAAUCGGUCAUAUGGAGUCCAAACCUGUGGAAAUUCAUCAAAAUCAAAGGAGAAACAAAUAGCGGCGAUAGGGCAAUCAAAACCAUCCUCAGGCGAUUGUGCGGCCAGACGCGCAACGGAGCGUGUCCCGGAGUAGAGCGAGUUUUGCUAAGCGAUGGUUGCAGAUUAACGGACAAAGGUCUACAGUUGCUGUCUAGGCGGUGUCCGGAAAUAACGCAUUUGCAAGUUCAGAACAGUGUCAGCGUCUCGAACCAGGCAUUGUUCGAUUUGGUCACCAAAUGCACCAAUCUGCAGCAUCUGGACAUUACAGGCUGUGCACAAAUCACGUGCAUCAACGUUAAUCCAGGCUUGGAGCCACCUCGUCGAUUAUUGCUGCAGUAUCUGGAUCUAACUGAUUGUGCAUCGAUUUCGGAUUCCGGACUCAAAAUCAUAGCCCGAAAUUGCCCACUACUGGUUUAUCUUUACCUACGGAGGUGUAUCCAGAUAACAGAUGCUGGCCUCAAGUUCAUCCCAAACUUUUGCAUAGCGCUGCGGGAGCUAAGCGUUUCGGACUGCAUCAACAUUACCGAUUUCGGGCUGUACGAGUUGGCUAAACUAGGUGCUACACUACGAUAUCUUUCAGUUGCUAAAUGCGACCAAGUCUCGGAUGCAGGACUCAAGGUCAUCGCCCGACGGUGCUACAAAAUGCGCUAUCUAAAUGCACGUGGUUGCGAGGCGGUUAGUGAUGACUCGAUCAACGUUCUGGCGCGGUCCUGCCCUCGGUUGAGGGCCUUGGAUAUCGGCAAGUGCGACGUCAGUGAUGCCGGACUUCGAGCGCUGGCCGAAAGCUGUCCCAACUUGAAGAAACUUAGUUUGCGAAAUUGUGAUAUGAUCACCGACCGAGGGAUCCAGUGCAUAGCGUACUACUGCCGUGGACUGCAGCAGUUGAACAUCCAGGAUUGCCAAAUCUCCAUAGAAGGAUACAGAGCAGUUAAGAAAUACUGCAAGCGAUGCGUCAUCGAGCAUACCAAUCCAGGAUUUUGCUAGCAUCUACUGAAUGUAUAGGCCUAAAGUGCUCUCUUUUAAGUGUUUCAAACAUACAAGUUGUGUAGCAAAUUGUUUUAGAAAUUUUAAAUUUUGAUUUUAAAGUUCUGCCAAAAAAACAUGAACAGAAAUUUGUUGAUAACUAUAUUUAACUAGGCGAAUAUUUUAUAUCGUGUUUUAAAAUAAAUUUAAACUGUACACUAACGACGUAAUAUAUAUUUUCAAUCAUUUUUCGAACACUUUGUAAAGAUUUUAUUUAUAUAAACACUAGAAAAAAUAAAAAUGUAUUUAUUUU